AAUGGCGUCAAACUUGCAGCAGGUUGAAAGGGAAAUACCACUACCUCGAAGACACAUGCACAAAAUAGAGCAAUGCCCCAAUUACCAACAUUGGUGUUCGUCCCGGGCGCAUGGCACAAGCCGUCAUGCUACGACAAGAUCAUUCCGCUGCUGCAGGAGAGGCACAAGCUGAGGUGCAUCGCCAUCACCUUGCCGUCCACGACCGGGGACCGGGACGCCACCUUUAAAGACGACCUCGACGUCGCGCGCGAGGCCAUUGCCGGCGAGACGACGCGGGGCCGCGACGUGGUCGUCGUCGCCCACUCCUACGGAGGCAUGGUCGGCAACAGCGCCGUCAAGGGCUUUACACGGCGGCCGCGAGAUGCCGCGGGGGCAGAAGACGACGACGACGGCCACGUCAUCGGGCUCAUCCUCAUCGCGUCCGGCUUCACCUUCACGGGCGUCGCCUUCAUGGACCCGUUCCUGGGCCGCCCGCCGCCCGCGUGGCGCGCCAACGCCGCGACGGGCUUCGCCGAGCUCGUCGCCGACCCGCGCGACCUCUUCUACCACGACCUGCCGGCCGACGAGGCCGAGCGGCGGGCCGGGGAGCUCGCGCCGCAGAGCCUCCGCGCGCUGUUCGAGGGCGGCGAGCACGCGUACGCCGGGUGGCGCGACGUGCCGGCCUGCUGGCUCGUCGGCACGACCGAGGACCGGGGGCUGCCGCUGGCGGUGCAGCGGACGCAGGUCGGCAUGGCGAGGGCCAUGGGCGCGCGCGUGGAGCACAGGGAGCUGCGGACGAGCCACUCUCCGUUUCUGAGCCGGCCCGAGGACACGGCGAGGAUUGUGGUCGAGGCUGUCGAGGCGUUUGCGGGUAUACCCGUCGUCGAUGGCGGCGGCAGCAGUAGCAGCAGUACCGCGGCGGAGGGGGAAGGGAGAGGGAGCACUCAACGGGAGGAGGACCUCCCCGCGCCGAGGCUUUGGCAGCCCUUGACGUGGUUCCGCUUUGGCCUGCCGCUGGUGGUUGGCCACAUGCUGGGGAGAAGUAUUCUCGUCUUCCUAUGGGGGCGGAGACUCUGGAGGUCAAUAUGGUAGUACUACUAGUUGAUCAGCAUAAGAGUGCCGUGUCGGAACAAAUACUACUCUCCCC